UCAGCGGCUUGAGCUCUUAUUAUUCGGGCUCUUGUGCUGUAGGCUUGUUUCAAUGGUCUUUUCUGUUGAAUCCAGGGUAACAGGAGGAACUGAAGGCGGAGCUUGCAAACUUUAACCCACCGCAGACAGUCAGAGGAAUGUUCGCUUUAUACCUCCUACCAAGAGGGAGGAACCGUUAGAUUCGCACCUGCACGCGCACUACACAUCUGUCUUCAUUGGAUCCUUUAAAUGGACGUGCUUUUCUUAUGCUGUUUACAGAGCCGUCCGGUUUAACUCCUCCGAAGUGACUGAGUGCUCUUAUAUGAUGUCAGACAGCUCCUGUGUGUCCGGGGCCCCUCAGCGCCUGAUGCCUCUGGCCCUCAGAGGAGAAUGGAUGGCACUGGAACAGAAACUCAAGACUUUAGAAAAGGGAGAUCCAGACAUCUUCCAGUUCGACGAGGAGUCUGGCUUGAGCCUGCUGAUGGUCGCGGUACGAGAGAGCCGUCUGUCUGUCCUUGACAGGCUGCUGGAACUGGGGGUCAAUCCAAGUGACAAAACAAAGGACGGCAGAUCAGCGUUACAUGUCGCUGCAGCUCACUCCAAAGACGAGAUCGUCAAACUACUGGCAAGAAAAACUGAUCCCAAUUUACCAGCAGGGCCCAGUCAUCAGUUGCCCCUGCAUUACGCAGCGUCUCGAGCGACCGGAGGACUUGGAGUCGUGCAAACGCUGCUCAAGUUCAGCAGCAAAGAUGCUCGUCUGACACCAGACAAGGAUGGCUGCAUUCCGCUACUGCUGGCUGUCGAAGCCGGGAAUGUUGGGAUUGUGCGGGAACUCCUCUCCGGCCAAUCAGAGCCUCAGCUCAGAGCUGUGAAGACAGCGAACGGAGACACUGCGCUUCACAUCUGCUGCAGACGGAAAGACGUUGAGAUGGCCAAAGUCCUGGUGGAGUUUGGUGCGAAUCCGGACUCUCAGAAUAAUGAGUGGCAGACUCCUCUGCACAUCGCCGCCCUGGAAGGAGACGAGAACAUGCUGAAGUUUUUAUACCUCUGCAAGGCCAAUCCCAACAUCUUAGACAAGAUGGACAGAUCUCCUCUACACAUCGCUGCAGAGCAGGGACACACCAAUGUCGUCGAGAUCCUCACUGAGAAAUUCAGGUCAUGUGUGUUAGCAAGAACAAAGGACGGAAACACACUUUUGCAUAUCGCGUCCCAAUGUGGUCACCCUGCGACUGCUCUCGUGCUCCUGAGGAAAGGUGUCCCGUUGUACAUGCCAAACAAGUCAGGGGCAGUUUGUCUUCACGCCGCGGCUAAGAGAGGCCACACAGCUGUAGUGAAGGCUCUGCUCCAGAAGGGGGCGCAUGUGGACGCCACCGCUAAAGAUGGACAGACGGCUCUUCACAUCGCCGUGGAGAACUGCAAGCCACAGGUGGUGCAGAUGUUACUGGGAUUCGGGGCACAUGUGCAGCUCAAAGGAGGAAAGGCGCAGGAAACCCCUCUGCACAUCGCAGCGAGAGUGAAGGACGGUGUAAGGGCGGCUGAGAUGCUUCUGAAGAGCGGCGCUGAUGUGAACGCAGAGCAGGAGAACGGAGAGACAGCUAUGCAUGUAGCCGCACGUCACGGCGCUCUGCAGAUGAUACAAGCGCUGAUCCUGGAGGGCGGGGACGUCACCUGGAAAUCAAAGAUUGGUGAAAACUCUCUCCAUGUUGCGGUGCGUCACUGUCACGCUCACGUGGUGGAGGAGAUUUUAAACUCUCUGACCAAUGAGAGAAGCCGUGAGGAGGCGGAGCUCUGCGUCCGUGAAGGGAACCAGAACGGCGAGACGCCACUGCACCUGGCAGCUGAGCUCAGGAGGGACGCAGUGCAUCAGACGGACGAGGACAUCUGCAUCAUCAAGAUCCUAAUGGAGCAUCAUGCUGACAUCACUGCCGUCACCCGACAGAGUGGAGAGACACCUCUUCAUUACAGCGCCAGGGUGGGAAAUACUGCCGUUCUUCAGGAGAUGCUCAGUAACGUCCCCACCAACCAGCUCCAGACUGCCAUCAACAAACACGCCAAGAAGAUGGGAAUAUGGGUAACCAAACAGUUGAUGGGCCCCACUGACUUCCAUAGUAUGGACAAAAAAAAUUACUAUAACGGCUGGUCGCCGCUGCUGUUGGCCGCAGAGCAGGGUCACACAGAGGUCGUGAGGGUCCUGCUGCAGAACAAUGCCAGAGUGGACGUGUUCGAUGAGGAGGGGAAGGCCGCCAUCCAUCUGGCUGCAGAACAAGGUCAUCAAGACAUCAUGGAUAUCCUGCUGUCCCAUAAAGCCUUUGUGAACACCAAGACUAAACUGGGCCUGACGCCUCUGCACCUCAGCGCUCAGAGCGGGUCGGCGCGGCUCGUCCGGUUACUGGUGGAGACCCAUCAGGCCAGUGUUGAUGCGCUCUCUCUGAGAAAGCAGACGCCUCUUCAUUUAGCGGCCAUCAGCGGGCAGCUGGACGUCUGCAGCAGCCUGUUAAACCUGAAAGCUGACAUCACUGCCGCAGAUAUCCGCGGACAGACUCCUCUUCAUCUGGCGGCGGAGAAUGAUCACUCUGAGGUGGUGAAGCUGUUUUUGAGGCACAGACCUGAAUUAGCCACACUAGCCAACAUGGAGGGCGCGACCUGCGCACACAUCGCUGCGGCUAAAGGCAGUGCGGCUGUCAUCAGAGAACUGCUCACGUUUAAUCAAGGAGGACCGCUCGCACUCAACAACAAGGCUAACGGCUUGUGUCCGCUGCAUCUGGCUGCCGCUGGCGGACACACGGAGGUGGUGAAAGUGCUUCUGGAGGCUGGAGCUUCAGUGACGGAGGAGGAUGUGGAGGGCAUGACGGCCAUUCAUUUGGCAGCCAAGAACGGACACACUCAUAUUCUGGAGGUGCUGAAAGGAAGCGUUUCACUAAAGAGCCAAAGCUCCAAGACAGGGUUAACUGCUCUGCACGUGGCAGCUUGUUUCGGACAGGUGGACUUUAUGAGAGAAAUCCUGACUGAAGUUCCAGCCACGAUACGCAGCGAAUUCCCAAACAGCAGCAGCAACAGCAGCGGCAAAGACGACAUGAAGAGACAACAACCAUUAGCUGAGUCAGGUUACACUCCCCUGCACCUGGCGGCUCAGUCUGGUCAUGAGAACGUGGUUCGGUUGCUGCUGAAUUCUCCUGGCGUUCAGGCUGAUGCAGAAACAAACAUUCAGGGCUCCAGUCCUCUCCAUCUGGCAGCUCAGAGCGGACACACGGCCGUGGUCGGACUGCUGCUCAGCCGCUCUGCAUCUCUGCUGCACCUGACCGACAAACGGGGACGCACCUGUCUGCAUCUGGCCGCCGCACACGGACACGUGGCCAUGGUGAGAGUCCUGCUGGGACAGGGAGCGGAAAUCAAUCACACCGACACGAGUGGCUGGACGGCGCUGCAUUACGCAGCUCAGGCCGGCUGUCUGGAGGUUUUGACUUUGCUGGUGGAGAGCGGAGCAUCAGCGUGUGCCGAGUGUGGUGCCGGACGGACUCCUCUGCAGUUGGCCGCUCAGGAGAACCAUGAGGCUGUCGUCAUCUUCCUGCUCAGAAGAGAGAAGAACACGCUCCGUCUGCUGGACGACAAGAAGUUUGUGUUCAAUCUGAUGGUGUGCGGCCGGAUGAAUGAUAACCUGGCUCUGGAGGAAUUGGUCCUGCAUUCUCCCGCUCCUCUGGAUACGUCCGUCCGUCUCUCACGAGCUCUGACUCUGGCUGCACUCAGAGAGAAGGAGCGCUCGGUGGACCUGCACGCUGCCGCGCGUCACUGUGAGGUCAUGGCCUCUGACCUCCUGACCUUAGCCUCCUCAGCCGGGGGUCACGGUGCGGGUCCAAUCCUCAGGGCUGUGGAUCAUCGGGGCACCAGCGUGCUGGACUGCCUGAUCGAGUGCCGGCAGAAAGCCGUGGUGUCCCAUCCGGCGGUGCAGACGUACCUGACGGACGUGUGGUACGGAAGGCUGCAGUGGGACUCCUGGAAGAUCCUGCUGCUGUUCUUCUGUUUGCAGGUCUGCCCUCCGCUGUGGCUGGUGCUCUCACUGCCGCUCAGACACAGCUUCAACACCAUCCCAAUCAUGAAGUUCAUGAGCCACCUGGUGUCACACGUCUUUCUGUUGGCCCUGUUCAUCCUGACUAUCGUGUACCCGCCCGUCAAUCCUCUAUCCCAGGGCCGUCUGGUGCCCGGCUGGUCCGAGUGUCUGUUGCUGAUCUGGCUUUGUGGAAUGCUGGUUUCUGAGCUGACUUUCCCAGGUGAGCGCACUGGAUUAGCCUGGAUCCGUCUUCUCCUCCUGGGUUUUUCCGCUGCGGCUCUACUGUGCCACCUGCUGGCGGUCCUCAGCCAGCGCUGGCCACCGGCUCACCUGCACUGCCUGUUUGCGCGGAACGUCUUGCUGGCUGUCGGCAUGACACUCGGCUUCAUCCAGCUGCUGGAGUUCCUGACUUUCCAUCACUUAUUCGGCCCAUGGGCCAUAAUCAUCCGAGACUUGAUAAAGGAUCUGUGUCGGUUCGCCGUGAUCCUCAUGUUGUUCCACACUGCCUUCACGCUGAGUCUCACAGCACUGUGCCAGCCGCUGUAUCCACCAGGGGACAACAGCACCGUUAAUGCCACGGAAGCGAGAGUGCCGGGUCCGUUAAACAUGUCUGUGCUGCUUUUCUUCGCUUUGUUCGGUUUGACCGAACCGGAUAAAAUUCCAGACGUGGAGCGCUCGCCUCCCGCGACGGCCAUUUUGGCUAAAAUGGUAUUCGGCGUGUAUCUGGUCGUGACGUUCAUCGUGUUGGUCAACCUCCUCAUUGCCAUGAUGAGCGACACGUACCAGCGCAUCCAGGCUCAAUCCGACACGGAGUGGAAGUUCGGCCGUGCCGUUCUGAUCCGCGAUAUGAGCCGCAAAUCUGGAAUUCCGUCCCCGUUCAACCUGUUCACCAACCUGUUCUACUCCAUCAAGUUUCUCUGCAAGUGUGCAGGGAAGAUCUGUUCUGUGGAGAGACGUAAUGUGAUGAACGAGGAUGAAGACGCUGAAGUUUUGUCUGACUCUCGUUCUCUAGAUCAUCUGGCUCAAGCGUCUGUCAGCUGGGUCAGAGGAAACAAGAGGACGCAGAUCCUUCCCGAGGGUGGUCAGAUCACGAUGUCCAGGUCUGGAGGACAGGUGCACGUGGAGAACGUUGUUGAUUGGCCGUCGGUGGUCCAGCAGUUUUUAGCCCAGCGUAAACAAAGGGACAGAUCACUGACGGAGAGAGAUGAAUGACUGACAGCUGCACCAUGACAGAUGAGAUUGCACUGCCUAUAUGAGCACCAGUCCAACCACAUCACUUCCUGUUUAAUGCUGUCAGCUUCGGCGUAUCACAGCCUGUGCCUUUAUCUGAUGUUGACUCCUCACUAGUCACUUUAAUGUAAGAUGUCAUUUACUGCACACUACUGGUCAAAAGUUAGGGGUCGGUAAGAUUUUUUAAUGCUUUUGAAAGAAGUCUCUUCUGCUCACCAAGGCUGCAUUUAUUUGAUCAAAGAUACAGUAAAUCUGAAAUAUUAUUACAGUUUAAUAUAGCUGUUUUCUAUGUGAAUAUAUAGUAAAAUGUAGUUUAUUCCUGUGAUCAAAGCUGAGUUUUCAGCAUCUUUACUCCAGUCUUCAGUGUCACAUGAUCCUUCAGAAAUCAUUCUGAUAUGAUGAUUUGCUGCUCUAGAAACAUUUAUGAUUAUUAACGAUGCUGAAAACAGUUCAUAUUUUUGUGGAAACUGAUACAUUUUAUUUCUCAGGGUUCUUUGAUGAACAAAAAGUUCAAAAGAACAGCAUUUAUUUGAAAGUAGCAUUAUAAAUGUCUGUACUGUCACUUUGGACUCAUUUAAUGCAUCCUUGCUAAAUGAAGUAUUAAUUUCUUCAACAACAACAAAAAAGAUCUUCCUGACCGCAAACUUUUGGCCUGUACAUGCUCAUGAUUAGAGUGGGUUGUGAUGUGCGUUCCUACUCGAUAUCUCUGACUUCUGAUCAUAAAUGCGUUUUAUUAGCCGAUGCUAGAAAGAUGACAUGAAACCAGUUGCAAUGAUCGCAUUUGUUUUACAAGCUGUUCACUUGUCAACAGUGUUUCUCCAAGUAGGAAGUUAGGAGACUAAAACUAAAGCACUGCCAGGAGAAUGUUUUACAGUAUUACAUUUUGUGUUUGUUAGUUUUAUUAUUAGUGCCUCAGAAAUAUCAGUGUUAAUGACAUGGAAAAAUAUCUUUAUAUUUUAUCCUUUUUUUUUUUCUACUACAUUUUAUUAUACACUUUUAUUACUACACAUAUGAAUGACACAUGUUAAAUAAUGUUACAUGCUGCAUAUAAAGAUACACCGUGUCAGCAGCACCUUUAUACAAAUGAAAGGAAAGUGUUUUCAGGGCUCACGGCACAACUGUUUUUUUAACACUGUUUUCGCGUUGUGUCAGAAUUACCAAACUGUUAUGGUAUAUGCGAUUAAUUGCGAUUAAUUGAUUUGACUGCAAUGAUUUUUUGUAAUUAGUGCUUUAAAAUCAAAUAAAUCACGAUUAAUCGCAUCUAACUUUUAGGUAAGAUGUGAUGUCAAAUCAAAUCAAUUAAUCGCAUCUAACCUAAUAUAACCUAAUAUAACUUUAUAUAUAUAUAUAUAAUGUUCAUUGCUUUAAACUCAGAAAGUAUUUUUUAAUGGCCAUGCUUAUUAAACAGAUCGAUGUGCAGCAAAAUACAGCAAAAAUCACUGAUUUCAUUGCAAAAUUUUGAAGAACAAAAAAAAGAUGCACCUGAUGCAGGAGUCAUACUGUUGUUAUUUGAAGUAGUACUACUAUAUUGCCACAACUUGUCAACAAGCUUAAUUCAUGUUAGUUCUGAACUUUGACUGUUCUGAAAACAAAAAAUAAAAAAUGUGGACCAACA